AUGAAGCUCGCUUUGUCUUUUGCUCUUUUUGCCAUCGCUUUGGUACAGAUGACAGCAGCAGCGCCCGCGCCCGUCGAAGGCGACAGCGGCGUAGAACAGAACCUCAAAGCUCGUAUAGGCCUAAGCUAUCACCUUGCCUGGGACUACGCUGGUGACGACGUCGACGUCGAGGAGCGCGCGGAGCAGAACCUCAAAGCUCGUAUUCUGAGUGACACCGUCUAA